AUGAAUUUUUGGUCAUUUAGUUCUGAUUAUGCAGGAGUUGGGAUGAGAUCUGAUAAGAGAUUCUUUAGGAUAAUGUUAGAAAGGUUUAGAUGGAGAGGAGUUUUCACUGGAGCAAUCGCUGGAAACAGAGGAUCCACCUACUUAGUUCAAAGUCACACUUUUCAUCACACGCAAUGCCUUCCUGGACAGUCCUCCUCCGGAUCCUCUCCUGUUUCCCUGUCACGUGGUCUCCCAGCGCCUCCCCUUCUCCGACCACCUCCUCCUCCCCCGCCGCGCCUGCCUCCCUACGCUCCUCGCCGCCUCCCUACGCUCCUCGCCGCCAAAACCAUCUUCAUCACUGACAACUCCCCUACCAACUUCUCCCUCGACCACACCCCCUUCACCCACCCCGACCUCUUCUCCGCCUCCUCCCUCGCCGGCGUCCAGUCCUUCCUCGACUACUCUCUCUUCGGCGACGGCCUCCCGCCCUCACCCUCUCCCUCCGCCGGCAACUCCAUCGACUCCUUCUGGAACUCAGGUGCGUCCUCCUUCGGCUCCCGUCUCAACGGCAUCGUUUUGCUCCCCCUCUUCUCCUUCGUUCUUCCACUGUUACCAUGCCAAGGUUUUUCAAUCUCUUUUGAAAGGGAAAGGGAAAAACGUGGGUUUGCAGAUUUGCUUCUCUUUCCAACGAGAAGUUUUCUCAGAACCCGAGUCUUCGACAACAAUGGCGGCAGCAGGAAAUUGUGAUGGAAAAAGGAAAUA